CCAUGUCAAUGUAAGAUCCCAUCAUCAUCUAAUCUAUCCAAAAUCUUCCUGUUUGUUUUAGUUUACUUCUGAUUCAUCAACACCCGACUAUUUCAUCAACUUCCAUCACAUAGGCCGCCAUUCUAAAGUUCAGCACCUUUAGAUUUCUUUUUUUGAAAUUAAAUAUGUCUCUUUGGAUCUCUAUAGCUAUUUUGUAUAUAUGGGUGGUCGAUGUCUUUGUUGUUCUUGUUUGCUCACCACAGUGAUCUUCAUCGGAGGAUUUGUAUGUCUAAUCGUAUUUUUAGGUGUCCUCCUAUAUAAAAACAUGAAGUUCCAUGUCAUUGAUGCUUCAUUGACAAAAUUCUACUUAACCAAUGAUGACAUACUUCAUUACAAUCUGGCACUGAACAUCUCCUUGAGGAACAGUAACAAGAAGACGAGUAUAUCUUACUAUUAUAUUGGCUCUACAACUUAUUGCUACGGUAAGGAUUUGGCUUUGGUUUCUUUGACGCCUUUCCGGCAAGGCAGCAAGAACACAACAGUCAUUAGUCCUGUAUUUCUGGGAAAAACCUCGUUAAAACUACGAGGUCCUGAUCUUAGGGAUUUCAACAAUGAUCAGAGAGAUGGAAGUUAUAUCAUUCAUGUAGAACUCUACCUGACAUCCAAAUUGACGUACGCUGGUGGUGGAAGGGGCAGCAACGUCGGUAUCAUCGCUAAAUGCGGAUUGUUGAAACUUCCGCUGUUGGGUUCUUCGUCUAAUAACCAAACAAUAACUGGUGGAGUAUUUAACACUAAUAAGAGGUGCAAGGUAUCUACGGUGAACUUGGAAUCAUCCGAUUGAGUUUUGAAAUCUCAACCUUUCAGUUUUUUCUUCCUGAAUUAAUGCAUCCCAAACAAAUAAAUGAAGGUUGAAAAUGGCUAUAUGUACAUAAAAGUUUAUGAAUUAUUUUCAUCUUUUAGAUACUUUAUUAUAGACAGGUUUUAUUACUCUCAUUACCACCUCUAGAAUUGAUUCAAAAGGCAAUAUUUACAUGUAGAAGCCAUUGGACUCUCUCAAAGUCUCUCAAAAUUUCUUGUUGGAAUAUUUCCCAAGUGACUACCACCGCAGUACGUGUAAGUAUUGAGAACGGAUCAAAGGUUUAAUUAUGUAGAAUGUAUAUGCUUAUGUCCAGUCCAUCUGUAUGUUUGGAUCCAUGUAUUUAGAGUCAAAUAGUCAU